AUGAACUGUUUUUCUUUUUCCUCUUUUCUUUUUCCUCUUUUCUUUUCCUUUUUUCUUUUCCCUCUUUUCUUUUUUUUCUUUUCUUUUUCCUCUUUUCUUUUUUCUCUUUUCUUUUUCCUCUUUUCAUUUUUCCUUUUUUCUUUUUUUCUUUUUUCAUCUUUUUUUUUCAUCUUUUCUUUUUCAUCUUUUUUUCAUCUUUUCUUUUUCAUCUUUUUUUCAUCUUUUUCUUUUCAUCUUUUUUUCAUCUUUUCUUUUUCAUCUUUUUUCAUCUUUUCUUUUUCAUCUUUUUUCAUCUUUUCUUUUUCAUCUUUUUUCAUCUUUUCUUUUUAUCUUUUUUCAUCUUUUCUUUUCAUCUUUUUUCAUCUUUUCUUUUCAUCUUUUUUCAUCUUUUCUUUUCAUCUUUUUUCAUCUUUUCUUUUCAUCUUUUUCAUCUUUUCUUUUUAUCUUUUUCAUCUUUUCUUUUCAUCUUUUUCAUCUUUUUCAUUUUUUCUUUUUUCAUUUUUUCAUCUUUCAUUUUUUUCAUCUUUCAUCUUUUUCAUCUUUUUUCAUCUUUUUCAUCUUUUUUCAUCUUUUUUCAUCUUUUCUUUUUUCAUUUUUUCAUCUUUCAUCUUUUUUUAUUUCUUUUUCAUCUUUUUUAAUUUCUUUUUCAUCUUUUUUCUUUUCUUUUCAUCUUUUUCUUUUCUUUUCAUCUUUUUUCUUUUCUUUUCAUCUUUUUUCUUUUCUUUUUUCAUCUUUUUUCUUUUCUUUUUUCAUCUUUUUUCUUUUUUCAUCUUUUUUCUUUUCUUUUUCAUCUUUUUUCUUUUUUCCGUCUUUUUUUAUCUUUUCUUUUUUCGUCUUUUUUCAUCUUUUCUUUUUUCAUCUUUUCUUUUUUCAUCUUUUCUUUUUUCGUCUUUUCUUUUUUCGUCUUUUCUUUUUUCGUCUUUUCUUUUUUCGUCUUUUUUCGUCUUUUCUUUUUUCGUCUUUUUUCGUCUUUUUUUCGUCUUUUCUUUUUUCAUCUUUUUUUUUUUUUUCUCAACUAAGAAGAAUGCUACCACCUUUUGUAGCUUACAUUACCAGAAAUAUUCCAAGCUAGUUAGUAAAUUAGUCACCCUCUCCUUAUGGAUUUUACACCUGAAGAAGGCAGUACAAUGGAUUGGCUGA